GCAAGGUCAGCUCUCCGACCUUGGCAUUCCGGGCUCCCGGGCUUCCGGACGUCCCAGGGUAGCUCUCCCUUCGUGGGGCGGGGGCCGAGGCGGCCCCUGUCAGCUGCCCAGGAGGAGGAGGAGGAGGCGGCGGAGGAGGCAGUAGCGAUGGCCCCAGUGCCCCCGGCAGCCGCGGCUCCCCAGGAGUCGGUGACCUUCCAGGACGUGGCCGUGGACUUCUCCCCGGAGGAGUGGGGGCGCCUGGCCCUCCCUCAGAAGGAGCUGUACCGGGAGGUGAUGCUGGAGAACUAUGGGAACCUGGUGUGCCUGGGGCUCGUGGUCAAACCUGAUGUGAUCAGCCGGCUGGAGCGAAGGAAGGCCCCAUGGAGUCGAGGGGGAGAGGAGCCAGGAGGCAGCUGGGCAGGCUGGGAAACUAGACCUGAGACUGAGGAGUCGGCUUCAGAGCUGGACCUCUCUGUGGAAGAAUUGUCUCCAGAAGGCCACUUAAGGGGUGUACCUCUUCUCACCAAGCUGGGAGAAGCCUGGGAAUGGGAGGCUGGGGUAGAGAGGCAGUGGAGCAAUGAGGAGGGAUAUUCUAGACAAGUAAAAGGCACUCAGAGGAAACUUUCCCAUAAAUCAAGAGGUCGUGAAUAUAAGAAAUAUGGCAAGAGUGUUAGUCUGGGGACAGGUCUUUUACUGCAACAGAAAUUAUCUGUAGGAAAGAGAGUCCAUAAAUGGGAUGCACAUAGACAAGGCUGCAGACUGUAUCCAGAGCUAAGAAAAUGUUCUAGAAUGUUCUCAAAGAAGAUAUUUUCCAAGCAUGAUGAAUAUGAGAAAGCUCUAGUUUGUAAUGCAGUUCUUACUGAAAAUCAUGAACUUCAUCCUGGAGAGAAACUUUAUGAAUGUAACGAAUGUGGCAAGGCGUUCCACCAAAGGGCCCAACUUACUGUUCAUCAGAGAAUUCACACUGGAGAGAAACCUUAUGAAUGUAAAACUUGUGGGAAGGCCUUCCGGCGGAGCGCAGAGCUGAAUGUCCAUCAGAGAAUUCAUAGUGGGGAGAAGCCAUAUGAAUGUAAUCAGUGUAGAAAGGCCUUUCGAAGGAAAACACAUCUUACUGUACACCAGAGGAUACACAGUGGAGAGAAGCCUUAUGAAUGUGGGGAGUGUGGGAAGGCCUUUCAUCGGAGCUCAAUGCUUAUUCAGCAUCAGAGAAUUCACACUGGAGAGAAACCUUAUGAAUGUAGCGAGUGUGGGAACGUCUUUCGCUGGAGGACUUAUCUUACUGUCCAUCAGAGAAUUCAUAGUGGAGAGAAACCUUAUGCAUGUGAUGAGUGUGGGAAGGCUUUUCGCCAAAGGUCACAGCUAACUCUGCAUCAGAGAAUGCACACUGGAGAGAAGCCUUAUGAAUGCAGUGAGUGUGGGAAGGCCUUCUACCAGAGUACUGGCCUAACUCUACACAAGAGAAUUCACACUGGAGAGAAACCUUACAAAUGUGCUGAAUGUGGGAAGGCCUUCUACAGGAGCAGAGGACUUAGUGUACACCGGAGAAUUCACACUGGAGAGAAACCCUAUGAAUGUAAAGGAUGUGGGAAGGCCUUUCGCCAGAGCUCUCAGCUGACUCUGCAUCAGAAGAUUCAUACUGGAGAGAAACCUUAUGAAUGCAGUGAAUGUGGGAAGGCUUUCCGUUUGAGUCGAGGACUCACUGAACACCAGAGAAUUCACACUGGAGAGAAACCCUAUGAAUGUCAUGAAUGCGGGAAGGCCUUUCGCCAGAGGUCUCAGCUUACAGUACAUCAAAGGAUUCAUACUGGACAGAAACCUUAUGAAUGUAAUGAAUGUGGGAAAGCCUUUGGUCAGAGGGCCCAACUUACUCGACAUCAGAGAGUCCAUAGUGGAUGUGAACCUUAGGAAUGUGACACGUGUGAAGGCUUUCUGCUAGAAUACAUUAUUUAUUGAACGCCAGAGGAUUCAUACCGAAGAAAACCUUAUGAAUCUGGAAAAGUAGGACUUAGUCAAUAGCAGAUGACUCUUAGAGGGAUAUAACUUUAUGAAUGUACUGAUGUAGGGAAUGCUUUUUUUUUAAAGCAAACAUCAUGGAAGAAGUUUAAAAUGUAUUUAACAUGAAAACCCUUUCAUCAAGAAUAUGGAACUUACUGAACAUCAAAUCCAUAUUGGAGAGAAGUAUUAUGUGUAAAGAUUUUAGCCAGAGGCACAAUCUUUUACUAAAGUUAGGGAAUUCAAACCCAAAUUUUGUAGUGAAGUAAGUCCUUGCUUAAUUUCCCAAAAUAGUUCUUACAAGCCUCUUCUCUCAUUAACUGUCUUCCUCACACAUAAAACACUUGGAAUCCUAAUUUACUAUGAAAUUUUUGGAUAUCUAAUUGGAUAUAAUGAAACUGUUUCCUGAAAAAUCCUGUGAAUUGCCAUCCAUGCUUUUAAUCCUUCCUGUCACUGAGGAAGAACCAUCUCUAGACUUUGCUGAAAUUUCUUCCUUCAGUACUUCUGCAGAAUUCCUUUCCUUCUACUAACCUUCUCUUCAGCAUCUACCUUCAGCAAUCAUCUAAUCCUAUUUCCCCCACCCACCCCUUCUACCAACCAUCAGGGCUUUUCUGUAUUAGAAAACUACCUGAAACCUGCACCAGCCAACUACAACACAUUCUGCUGACAAACAAUAAAAAAAAUCUGCCUCCUUGCA